AUGUCUUCCCAAUCACCUUACCACGCUUGGCACAAUUUUCGUGCGUACUCAUUCGACUCGGACGAACAAUGGAAACUCUAUCUCCAAAAUUUAACCUUUCCCGAGAAUUUAAAUGAUCAAAAAAAGAAGGAAAUGAUCCUGAAAUACAAAAAAAAGUAUUAUUCUCAACACGUUGAAAAAUUGGUAGAAUUUCAACUUCCGUACACUCAAUUGGAAAUUGCUCCGAUGUCUCCCAAUCACGAUUCUACCAUUAUCUUUUUACAUGGAUUAGGAGAUCAAGGCUCGGGAUGGCUCGACGUUUUUCAAAAAUUGAAAAAAACAGUUCCCGAACUUGCUUCCUGUAAAGUGCUUUUACCCAAUGCAAGUGCCAUGAGUGUUACUUUGAAUAUGGGUUAUGUCAUGCCUGCGUGGUACGAUUUAAUGUCCUUGUCGUUGGAUGGACCAGAAGAUAUGACGGGAAUGGAAAAGUGUUUUGCGAAUAUUGAUUUGUUGAUUGAGAGAGAAAUGGUGGAAUUUGGAAUUGAUUCGUCGAGAAUUAUUAUUGGUGGAUUUUCACAGGGAGGUUCUGUUGCAUUGUAUCAUGGUCUCACGAAUAAGAAAAAACUUGGUGGAAUUAUUGCCUUGUCGACGUGGAUGCCCAUGAGAAAGAAAAUUGUGACACUUGUCGGAACGGAUUUUCCAAACAAAUCGACACCCAUUUUCCAAGCACAUGGCACUGCAGAUAAUGUGGUGAAAUAUGAGUGGGGAGCGAGUAGCAAAAAGUUUGUGGCCGAGUCCUUACUGGAUGGCAAUGAGAGUCACUACACGUUCAAAACCUAUCAAGGAAUGGGUCACAGCUCGAGCUUGCAAGAAAUUAGAGAUCUUGCAGAAUGGUUGGCAUCUGUUUUGAAAUCCAAGUAA